AUGGCAGUGUGGCUUAUCGUUCACAUAGGUCAAUCGAACUCCUUAACACAGGAGACGUUGGUGCCGACCACCCAAUUAAUGGUGGGAAAUGUGGUGCAUUCGAACCCAAUAGGAGGAAAGGGAGAUGGCCGUCCCUUAAUCAAACGACUUGCCGAAGCUAUCGAUAACCUGGACAUGCAAGCAGUGUUAGCGUUGAGGAAAGAGAUGGUUGAGGAGGAAGAGGUGAAGAGGAAGUGGGAGGAGGUGGCUAAGAAGGAAAGAGAAGAGGUGAAAACGGAGAGGAAGAGGGAGAAGAAGAGCAGGAAACGUGGAAAGAAGGAAGAGGAGUCAAAAAAGAGGAAAGGAAAGACAAGGGGAGGAAGGGAAGAAGUUGAAAGGAGGGAAGAUGAAACGCACUCGCUCACCUUCCAUUUCAAGUGA